CCGUCGUGCCCUGCGCCCACUUCCGCCUGGCUGACUGGCUAGGCCGAGGCGCGUUUUCGCCCGUUGUCGCCGCUCUGAGGGAGACGCUCGUUGACCGGCCGAGAUGGCGGACGUGCUGGACCUCCACGAGGCGGGCGGCGAGGACUUCGCCAUGGACGAGGACGGAGACGAAAGCAUCCACAAGUUGAAGGAGAAAGCGAAGAAGAGAAAAGGCAGAGGCUUCGGGUCAGAGGAGGGAUCCAGGGCCCGGGUCCGCGAGGAUUACGACAGCGUGGAGCAAGACGGAGACGAGCCAGGACCUCAGAGAUCGGUGGAAGGCUGGAUCCUCUUUGUCACGGGCGUCCACGAGGAGGCCACGGAAGAGGACAUUCACGACAAGUUUGCGGAGUUUGGUGAAAUCAAGAACCUCCACUUGAAUCUUGACCGGCGAACGGGUUACUUGAAGGGUUAUACGCUUGUGGAAUAUGAAACCUACAAAGAAGCCCAGGCGGCGAUGGAAGGGCUGAACGGACAGGACCUCAUGGGGCAGCCCAUCAGCGUGGAUUGGUGUUUUGUCAGGGGGCCUCCGAAAGGAAAGCGCAGGGGUGGCCGCAGAAGGAGUCGGAGUCCAGACAGGAGGAGACGUUGAAGGAAGCGGGUUUUUUAUUUCCUCUUUUACUAUUUCCAUGUGAAUCUGAGGGAGUUUCAUCUUGGCCCUACUCAAUGGGCACCAUCGCCCGCUUAAUUUUGUAUUUGUCCCUUUAGGUUACUGGUUAAUUUUUUUUUAUCAGUCUACUUAUGUAUUGAAAUUUAUUAAGAUUUUCUCUUGUAGGUGUCUUUUGAAACACACCUUUCUCUCUCUCAGGAGAGAUCAUUCUGAGAUAAUUCUUUUCCCCCUGAACGUGGCGUCUCUGAAAGCAACAUUCAAAAUAAACUAACUAAGUUGUUGGUUUUUUAACA